ACAGAACAAAAGAAUAUUGCACAGAGAGCGUGUAUCGAUGGAUGUUGUGUUGGUGAUAUGUGUGUUGUGGUGAUGAAUUGGAGAAAAUGUCCAAAUCAGGACCUCUCCAUAUGGAGGAAAUUGGGGAAAAAAUAACAAAACCUCCCGAACCUUCAAACAUGGGUGUAAAUAUAAGUAGCCACGGCGCAAGAAUAUUUCGAAUUUUGCUGUCAGUGGCAAUGCGCUGUUGGGCAUUGGCAGGUGCAGCAAUAUUAGCAUGUCUGUUGCUGUAUUGGGCCUACGGAGGUUUGCUGGCGUUCAUGCUGCUAUGUUUUGCGACAACAGGUAUAUUGUAUCACACGGAAGAUAAUUUAUUAUUUCAUCCGGAACUACCAGCGCAUUCUCGUGUUUUUGUACCAGUUCCUUCUAUGUUUGGUUUACCGUAUGAAAAUUUAUUUAUACGGAGUGGGGACGGUACACUUCUGCACAUGUAUUUCGUGCGCCAGCCAGGUGAAGUAGCAUUAAAGGCUCCAACUAUACUUUUUCUUCACGGAAACGCUGGAAACAUGGGUCAUAGGUUGCAAAACAUUGUAGGUUUGUAUCAGAACUUGCAGUGCAACAUAUUGAUGUUGGAAUACAGAGGGUAUGGGCUUUCCCAUGGGUCCCCUAGUGAAGAAGGCUUAUAUACAGAUGCAAGAGCAGCCCUUAACUUCCUGUCAUCACGCUGUGACAUUAACCACAAAGAGAUCAUUGUAUUUGGACGAUCGUUGGGAGGUGCUGUUGCAAUUGAUGUUGCCUCCAGCUCUGAUUAUUCUGCAAAAAUAUGGUGCCUAAUUGUAGAGAAUACAUUUACAAGUAUUCCAGAUAUGGCAAAAGUACUUAUCGGCUGGAGAAUUUUGCAAUAUUUACCUCUGUGCUUUUACAAGAAUAAGUUUGUUUCAACCAAUAAGAUUGGUUGUGUCCCAAUCCCAACACUUUUUCUGUCGGGCUUGGCUGAUAGAUUGGUUCCACCACAAAUGAUGACUGACCUGCAUCAACGUUGUGGUAGUCACCACAAACAGUUAAUACAAUUUGCAAAUGGUAGCCACAAUGAAACAUGGACUAACUCUGGUUAUUACCAUGCAAUUGCAACAUUUUUGAGGGAUGUUCGUGUUCGCCACUCAUCUCCACCUGUUGCAGUUCCUUGUGAUAUUGGCAUGAAGACUGUGUGAUUACUUACAGUGCCCUUAUCAUACUACUUUUAUUUAUUUAUUUUUUAUUUAUUUGUUUUGUGAUUUCAUUGAUUUGUGGCUUUUUUGCAUUAGAGACAGGUGUAAAAAAACCACAUUUAUUUGUCACAAAUAUUUUACUAGAGCCUAAGUAAAGUGAAAACAAGCCUUAUAGCUGUGUUAGUACAUCACAAAGACUAGUUGCAGUGAUUCAAGGUUGUGAAUGUGGUUUGCCAUGAUUCAUAGUUCUGCAAGAUUCUGUCCAUUUAAACAGUUGAAGUGACAAAUAUAACCCGUCCUACAAUCAAACUUUAAAAUUUGAUAAUGUCAAUUAGUGUGUUAAUAACAUUUUUGAGAACUAGAAGUAGCACUUCCAGUGUACUUUUUGACAUUUUGUGCAACAUUAGCAGGAACUCGAGUACUGUGCAUUGACUUGAAAACAGCUUAUUGUGUAAUGAAGUACUUUGUAUUCAGAACAAGUUACAUAUCAGCUGAAUGAGACUAGACUUUGUAUAAAAUGCAAACAAGGUAUUGAACAGUGCACUGACAAUACUUCUAUAAUUCCGACGUGCCUCAUAAAAUUCUGCAUCAGGUAGUCACAGAACAGAAAUGCUCCAAUUUGUAUAAUUAAGUUCGUACAUUUUGUAUUUUUAAAUAUGUAUUUUGUUUUUUAUAUACAUUGCAGACUUAUUAAAACGUGAUUAAACAACUCGUUAAGGUCGAA